AUGAGUGAUAAUAAGUUAUUAACCCCAGUGCACUACAUUGGAACUCUACUUGAUGGGACGAAGUUCGAGUCGACCAGAGACAAAGACGAGGCUCUCACCAUUAAGCUCGGUCAGGGUCGAGUGGUGAAGGGUUUGGACCAUGGCGUCGUCUCUAUGAAGAAGGGAGAGAUUGCAUUGUUCACAUUGCCUGCUGAGCUAGGCUAUGGUGUUGUUGGUGGGGGUGGCUCUGUUGUGCCGUCCAAUGCUAUUGUUCGAUUCGAAUUCAACUCGUUUCAUCCUACAGCUGGCGUUAAAGGCUACACUUGCGUCUUAUUAAUAUUGAAACUGAAAGAUACAGCUUGCGUUUUAUAUUUUUCAGAACACUCAAGUGAAACGACAGCCGGCCGCCUUAGUCAAGUAUCGGGUGGCAUUGGUUGUGGUACUGUUGUUGUAGGGACACCAGAAGAAGUGAUUGAAUUCUAUGUGAAAGAUGGCCAUUUUUGUUCAGCAUUGCCAAAAGCAAUCAAGACAAUGAAAAGAGUAGAGAAGGUCAGAUUAAUUGUUCAACCUCAAUAUGCCUUUAGUAUGGAGGGGAGGGAUGCAAACAAUGGGUUUCAUUCUGUCCCUCUCAGUUCUGUGCUGAACAUUGAUCUGGUGUUGGUGUCUUUCAAGCUUGUUAUUGAUGUUACUGGUGAUGCCAAGGUAAUAAAGAAGGUCACGAAAGAAGAGGAAGGUGCGUGGGUUGCUAAUGAAAGUGCAAGUGUUACUGGUAAGUUUAUUGAGAUGCACAUUAUUUUAGCAAUAUUACUAGGAUCGGUUGGGAUUCUGUGAAUUUUUAUUAAAAUUUGUAAAGUGAUUAUAUGAGAAUAAGGGUUUGCAAAAGUGAUUAUUUGAGACAA